AUGAGUUCCAGCAAGGAUUCAGCGUCCGGCGUUCCCGCCCACAGCAAAGGUUCCUGGACAAGUUUCCUUAAGUCUAUCGCCUCCUUCAACGGAGAUCUUUCCUCCUUGACCGCCCCGCCCUUUAUCCUCUCGUCCACCUCCUUGACCGAAUAUUCUGCCUACUGGGCCGAACACCCAGCCCUGUUUGUGGCUGCCGCAAAAGAAGCAGACCCUGAGAAGAGAGCCCUGGCUGUCUUGAAGUGGUUCCUCAGCACUCUUCACCAGCAGUACUGCAGUCGCAGUGAGAAGCUCGGUAGCGAAAAGAAGCCCUUGAACCCUUUCCUGGGAGAGUUGUUCCUUGGCAAGUGGGAUUCCGAUGCGGACGUGGGCGAGACCACCUUGAUCAGUGAGCAAGUCAGCCACCAUCCCCCUGCUACUGCUUAUGCUAUCAGAAACGAGAAGCAUGGCGUUGAGCUUCAAGGAUACAACGCCCAGAAGGCAUCCUUCUCCAGCACCAUUCAGAUCAAACAGAUCGGACAUGCUCUGUUGACGCUCACUCCCCCAGGUGCGGACAAGAACGAUCCUUCUCAGCAGGAACGGUACCUGAUCACCCUCCCGCACCUGCACAUCGAAUCCCUUAUCUACGGAACGCCAUUCGUCGAACUGGAGAAGUCCACUCGCAUUGCCAGCAGCACUGGCUACGUGGCGAAGAUUGACUACUCUGGCAAGGGCUGGUUGAGCGGCAAGAAGAACACCUUCAGCGCCAUCCUGUUCAAGGAGAACGAGGGCGAGAAGAAGCCUCUGUACACUGUUGACGGACAAUGGUCGGAUUCGUUCGUCAUCAAAGACUCUCGCAAGCAUGAGGUGGACAGAUUUUCUGUCAAGGACACGAAGACCACCCCAUUGACUCUGGCGCCCGUCGACCAGCAAGACCUCUAUGAGAGCCGGCGGGCAUGGGCGGACGUUGCGGCAGGCAUUGAGCGGGGCGAUAUGGAUGCCGUGUCCGUGGCCAAGUCCAAGAUCGAGAACGCUCAGCGCGAGCUUCGCAGGGUCGAGAAGUCAGAAGGCCGCGAGUGGGACCGACGCUUCUUCAAGCGCGUCAACGACACCGACGAUGAGGAAUUCUGGCGACUCGCAAGAAUGAUCGGUGUCACGUCUUUGGAGAGCGACAAGACCGGCGGUGUCUGGAGGUUUGACCCUACCAGCGCUGCGGACGCCAAGCCCCCUUACCAUAAGACUGGCGGCGAAGGUCUGGGAAUUACUGCAUAA